ACCCAACCUGAAACACAUUGUACUGUGGAGCCAAUGUAAAAUUGUAAUAUCUGUUAGCUAUCAGUGACCCAGUAUUCUGUGGCUAGAUUGUAUUUGAUUGUUAAUUCUUGCAUGUAUGUUUUGUGCGGGUAUUAUUAAUGUUAUUGUGAAAGUGCUUGCAACCUUGCAGUUGAUGAGAACUCUUCCCGAGAAGAGUUGGUGUUUGAUACUAAAGAGGAAAAACCUGAUAAAUCAUCAUGCUGAGCAUAGGAAUUAACUUGAGAGUGACAGGACAUUGCAAUCAGGGCGGACGUAAAUAUAUGGAGGAUAUGUUCAGUGUUGCCUACCAACAGUCCUCGGGUGAUAGAGACUUGGAGUACGCAUUUUUCGGAAUUUUCGACGGUCACGGCGGCGGCGAGGCUGCUGCUUUCGCCAAAGAACAUCUCAUGGACAUUAUUGUCAAGCAGAAAAACUUCUGGAGCGAUAAAGACGAGGAUGUGCUGCGAGCCAUAAAAGAUGGAUACGUGAAUACGCAUUAUGCGAUGUGGCGGGAAAUCGAUAAAUGGCCGCGUACAGCUUCGGGACUGCCGUCUACAGCUGGCACUACAGCCAGUAUUGCAUUUAUUCGGAAGGGAAAAAUUUACAUUGGCCAUGUGGGAGAUUCUGGGAUCGUCUUGGGAUAUCAAGACGAAGGAGAUCCUCAGUGGAAAGCUAAAGCAUUGACAAAAGAUCACAAGCCCGAGAGCGGACCGGAAAUGACUAGAAUUCAAGAAUCAGGUGGCAAGGUCGUCAGCAAAUCAGGUGUUCCAAGGGUGGUCUGGAACCGGCCUCGCAUCGGCCACAAAGGACCUGUCAGAAGGUCGACCCACAUAGACGAGAUUCCUUUCUUGGCUGUAGCAAGAGCUUUAGGCGAUCUGUGGAGUUACAACUCUGAAUUAGAUACUUUUGUCGUGUCUCCGGAACCUGACGUGAAAGUGGUGUCCAUUGACGUCAAGACACACAGGUGUCUGAUUUUCGGAACCGAUGGUCUCUGGAAUAUGCUAACUCCCCAAGCUGCUGUCGCCAUUGUUCAAGCUGCGGAGCGACACAACGAAAAGCACUUAAUAGCUACGCAGGGGAAUGACGGAAAGCAAAGUGAUGUUCAAAUGUGGAUCAAUCCGUCAACAAGUUUAGUGGACAGAGCUCUGGAAAGAUGGUCUUCUACUAGGUUGAGGGCAGACAAUACCAGCGUUGUCACUUUAAUGCUCGAUCCGCCCGGACCGUCUCGGAGCGAGGUUUUUCAGAACCAGAAACGAGAGCAGGCUGCACCGACUGAUGCUCCUCGUCGGCCAGUGUUUUGCCCGGUUAAUCCUCACAAUUCGGGGGAUGCUGUUAGAAAGCCAGACGAGAAUUCAGAGAUAUCGGACUUGAUGAAGUCUGCGCUCAAGACUUGCUUCAACUGCGCACAGGCCGACAAAAACGCCAAUUCUACGACUGACGAAUCUGCAAGGUAUGAAAUACCGGAAAGUUCUCACUCUCUCAAGUCGUCCAAGUCAGAGUGCAUACAAGUUGCGGAAAUAUCGUCGAGCAACACUCUAGAGGGCGAAAGAAGGAGCGAGUCUCUCGAGAGCGGAAGUAUUUCUUCAGAAUCAGAAGGUGAUAUGUCGUCCAUGGACAGUAUCUCCAAUUUAAAGAAUCUUAUCGAGAAGGUGCCCAAGCCGGAGCGAUUUCAAGUAGAAGCAAGAAAUAGUUCAAUUUAUUCUGAUGAAGAGGUGGACAAAUUGUUUUCUCUGACUCGCCAUAAAGCUUUUUAUCACAGAGAAAUGUCAAGUUUGGAAAAAUUAGAAGCGAAACUUGCGAGUAAUCAGAGUUCAAGAUCUGAGAAUGCACAGGAAUUUUCAAGUGAGCAUAAAGGAGUCUCAAGACAACUCACUCAAAAUGAGAAAUGCUCCACUGAUUCAGAAUCAGAAUCAGUUGCAGAAAAAGCGCAGCACAAUCUCAAUUCCCCACUGCGUCAAAAUUCUUUUUGCGAAAAGCCAAAGACAGUUGCAGGUUUGAAGCAAAAGAAAAUUGACUCCGCGACGGACAAUGUCAAGCCCGCUGUUCAGUACUCGAGGCCAACGAUUAUCACCGACACGAAGCGAAAACAAAACUCAAUUUUGCAUCCGGAGAAAGCUAAUUUGUAUACCAACGAAAAUUUGAAGAAGACCAGUCGCAGACACAGUAUAACUGCUGUUUCUCGGAACACGUUGGCGUCGAAAGCUAAUUUGAAGGAGCCAGGAAUUGCUUACUUGGGGUGCAGAAUCAAACGCGAGUCUAAAUCAUUGCCUGGCAAUGUUUUCGAUGAGCCUCGAAUAGUUGAGAAUACAACUCCAAGAAUAAGCAACAGUUUGAGGGGCAUAAAGCGAAGACAUAGUUCAAUUACUAAUACUAAUGAUGGAGUCUGUGGUACGAGUGAGUCGUGCGCAAAGAGGAGAACGAGAUCCGAGGACCGCCUCAAUCCAAUUGAUGAGAAUGAUCCCGUUAAUAAGAAAUUCCAAGCUGACGAGGCUCAUAGUCGACUACGGUGGCCAACAAGUAACACUAAUUUAUCUCGAUCAGGUGCAGUUGUGAAUCCAAAUUCGGCAGGAAUCCAGGAGAGGAAAUUGUCAUCCCCCAACUCCUUUCAGAGAAGGAAUUUGGAGAAGAAGGUGACUCCAGUGAAAGCGAUCCGGAGGCCAUCCAUCAACGGCUCGAAUCGAAUACAGCUGCGGGGCAUUUUCGGGCUCAGAGACUGGGAGCCAACCAGGUCUAGUCGCAGCGCGAGUUGCCAGAGUCGGCAUCGAACGGUGGUCGGGCUGCUGAACGAGUCCACCACUCAGCGCUGGUUGAGGUCGGACACGAUCGCGGCCACCCCAGUGAAAACUCUGCGCUCGAGGAACGUCGACAUCACGGGCCACACUGUGUCCGCGCAAAUCGCCCACCAGUACCCCAUCAAGCAGAGUCGCCUGCCUCUGCCCACCAAACUGAAGAGCACUUCAUCCAUUCUCGCUGCGGCGGCGGCGACGCCGGCAAAGGCCAAGGCCAGGCAGAGCAAGUGCAACACUCCGAACGGUGUCAGCGAGGACUGCAACAAUCUGAUGGCCAUCGCCGGAAUCGCCAACGACACUGCUCUGGCGAAGAGGGUCAAGUCGCCUCACUCCUUCUCCUCUAGAGUCUCCUCAGUGUCGCCUCUUAGCACUAGGUCCAGAAUUAAACGCCUCGGAAAGUAAUCCAACAAACCUUGUUUUUUCAGAGACAUAUAUAGAGACUAUAUAUAUAUAUAUAUAGUCAAUAUUUACUAUCGAUUUUGAUCAAAUGUCUGUCAAUACACAUACUCAGUAAUUAUCGACACCACGCUCCCUUUUCUGUAUCGAUUUUAAUAGGAAUCGUUUAUUGAUAUCACUUUUACUAUUAGAUUUCCUGCUUUUUGUUUUUCAUCUGUCUGUUGAUUUUUACACCCCAUUUAUACAUAAUUAUAUAUUCAAUUGUCGACUAGUUUUUCACUUAACAAAUACUUUUGUAAAUUUUUUGUGCAAAAUGUUUGCUUUUUAUUUGGAUAAGGUUUUGAUUUUUCAAUUUGCACUUUAAUUAUUAUGCUUGUAAUUCUAAGAUUUUAAUGAUAAGCCCGAAUGUAAAUUCUCCAUUCUUUUUUAUAUUUUGUUAGAAAUUAUUUUCUAACGGGAAUUUACAUAAAAUACAAAAAAAUUACAUGUAUUUCAGGAAUUCCAAGACGAAUGAGAAGGAAAAAUUUAUUUUCUUAACUUUUUGAAUAAUGUAGGAGAGAAUUUUGAAAAAUUAGUAUUAUAUGUUUAAACUAUCUGGUUGGUAGUUUUAGAAUUAAAACAAUUUUAAUUUUGUACAACUUUCGAGUGGUUUAUUUGAAUAAAAAAAAAAUGAAUCUUCUAACUUCUCUAUUGGUUACGAAUAUUUAAAAAUAUUGUUGCAGUAGUGUGUGAAUUUCACGUCAACACAUGAAAUAAUUAUUUAACGCAUAUGUUGUAAGUGUAUUUUUUAAAUGUGUUUGCAUUUAGAAUAAAUCUGAUAAAGUUUAAAAGAAAAUAAAACAUUUUUCUCAAUAGGAAAAGUGUUAUCUAAGCAUAAUGCUCGAUGAUAAUGAUACAGAAAAGGAAGAAAUUUAAAGGAAUACGUGCUCAUCGAUUUGAAAUUCAAUUACAAGUUUAGUUGUAGUUUUCAAGCAUAUUGUCGUAUUAUUCUAUUCGUGUUCUGUAUGAAUAUUUUCAGCAUUAAUAUUAUUUUCGUCUUACUUUUAGGAAUACUUUUAAAAUUGUCAAUAUAUAUAUAUAUAUAUAUAUAUAUAUAUACAAUCAAUUUGAAAUUAUGCAUUUACAAAUGGUGAUCGUAUAAUUUGCUUGAAGCAAAUAAAUAGCAUUAAACAAUUUUUGCUUUAAACAUUUAGCAAUAGUCACUUUUACAAAAUAUUAUAUACGCAACUAUUAUCUUUUCGAAAAAAUAACACUAAUCGUUUUUUAAAAAUAAUUUUAUUUAUUUCUCCUUCUGUAUUUCAUUAGACAAUUAAUUGAAGGAAGAUACUUGAGUGACUCAAUUACGUACCUAUAUUAUAUCUAUAUCACAACGAAUGAACUUAAAUACUUAUUUCCUUUCUUAAAGAAGAAAAAGAGGG